GAACGUGGACUUUCCCUUAUUUGCACAGGACAGAAUGUUUCCUGAACAAACCGAAAGCAGGUGUGCCGCUGUUUACAGCUUUACAGGAAGAGACAGGCUCAGAACAGAUAUCGCAAUUUGAAUCUGGGAAUACAGGAAAAGCGAUGGAAUCAUUUCCAGACUGCUGUCCACAUCGUAGUAUGCCUGUAGAGACUGAUGAGUCUAUGACAUUGUCCUCUCUCAAUCUGGUCUGGCCUGUGUGCCAGCAGUGCCAAACACACGCCCUUAAAGAAAGAGGAAAAAAUGAUAUAUUCAGCCAAAAGAUGUGUGUUCCUGAUGUAAGUAGAUUGGAUUACCUAGAUGGUUGCCAUGGGUAUACUCCUAAAGAUUUAAGGGGCAGUCCCCUCACCAAACUUUCCAUAAGUGAUUCCCAACACAGAGAGAGCCCUGUUGGCUUGCCCAGUCUCUACUUGCCUCGGAGUUCAGGAAGACACUUUCAGACAGACUGUAGAGCCCACAUUGAAGAUCUGAGAGAAGGUAUUUCAGACAUCAGACUUGAAAAUUGCUGCAUUUCCCCUGACAUUUAUCCGCAGAACCCUGUGAGUGAGGAUGAGGAGAGUCUAGAAAAGCCUAGUCCUCUUCGCUCUGACCUGGGAGAGAAUUCCUGCAGAUAUACUCCAGCAAAACAGCCAGGAUUUUACGAUGAGUACCCACGAGAGGGUUUGUAUCACUGGCAGAAGCAGCCUGCAAAUUAUCCACAGCCCAACUAUCCACUUUAUCAUCCCCUACCUGAUGCAAGGACCAUCUCUAGACAAGUGGCAGUUGUGAGGCCCCCUCAAGUCACAUCCCGUCAGAGUACAGCCUCUGUGAGAGAGCUUAUAUCAGAAGUGUGUGUCCAGCCUUCCCAACCAGCUUCUGUCGGCCACCCUCAAACAUUGAGGCGCAACAUCAGUCUUCCUGAUGACUGCAGAAACAUUUUCAUAACAUAUUCUGUGGACACUGCAGCAGAGUUGAUGCCCUUUGUGAAUUUUUUAAUUAAUCAGGGAUUCAGACCGGCUAUUGAUAUAUUUGAAGACAGAGUUAGACAAAUGGACGUCAACAAAUGGAUGGACAGUUUUUUAAAAAAUAAGUCAGUGUUAAUAAUUGUAGUGAUCAGUCCAAAGUAUAAGACAGAUGUUGAGGGAGAUGGAUCUGAUCAACAUGGACUACACACCAAGUACAUCCACACUCAGAUCCAAAAUGAAUUCAUUCUUCAGAGAUGUCUAAACUUCAGAUUGGUACCAGUGCUGUUUCCCAGUGCUAACCAAAGUCAUGUCCCACUGUGGCUACAGAGCACUCGUCUGUACCGGUGGCCUGAGGAUGCUAAGGACAUGUUACUGCGUUUACUCAGAGAGGAAAAAUACAUUGUCCCUCCUCUGGGCAAAGACCUGAUGCUCACUAUCAAACCCCUGUAAAAGUGAAUCUCGAGACAUCAUGUGUAGUACACAUUUCACCUCAAAAUCUAAAGAAAUGAUAAGAACAUGAUAUUUUGUUUAAGGAUAUAUUUAGCUUUCUUUUAGGACCAUAAUUUCUUGAUUUUAUUUUUAUUU